UUUCGUAUAUAAACUAAAAGUAUACCCCGGCCAGAACUCAGUUCGCUCGGUUCGUUGGCCCACGUCGCGUUUUUGUCAAAGUAGCGCAAAUUACUUAAAAUAAACAACGAAAUUAUUGGAACAGCCACAGGCCGAGCCAUAGACAUUUCACUCGUCGAUCUGAAUUCUAUUGCAUUUUACUGCUGGUGCGCGGCGUGAAAAUCAAGAAAACAAGAUGAAUUUCAAAAUCAAUUUGACGUUCCUAUCCAUGGCACUAGUCUGCCUUAUUUCUGUCAUUCUGCUGACUCAGACAAUCGGAAUCGGUGCAGCCGGUUCUGGAGAGGGCCUGUGCAAGGAGCUAAACAACGUUAACUGCUAUGUGGGCCGCAACGAGGGCAACUACUGCAACAGCAAGGAUCAGACAAAGGCCCUGACCCGCUGGUACUACGACAAGGGUGUCUGCCGCCCCUUCAACUACAAGGGCUGCAACGGCAAUCGCAAUCGAUUCUGCACGCAGGACAGCUGUGAAACACGCUGCGACGGCCAAUGAAUAUCGAAAAGCAGACACGGUUUCACACACACACACACAGUUUCACAUUCAGUUACACACAUCCACUUAGCUGAUAAGUUUAUAUGUAUAUAAAUAUAAGUACUGAGCGCAAAUAGAAUC